GUGUGUGUGUGUGUGUGUGUGUGUGUGUGUGAGAGAGAGAGAGAGAGAGAGAGAGAGAGAGAGAGAGAGAGAGAGAGAGAGAGAGAGAGUGAAUUCCAGAUUUUCUGUCUUUCCCAAACCCGCUCCUGUCCUCUCGCAUAUCACUCACAGACUGGGAUCUGACAGCAGCGACAAACCUACAGUGAGUGAUCUCUCCCCAGCGCGAAUCCGCCAUCAAGAUCAGGGACAAGGAGGAGGAGGAAGAAGAGGAAGAGGAGGAGGAAGAGGAGGAGGAGAAGGAGGAGGAGAAGGAGGAGGUGGAGGAAGAGGAGGAAGAGGAGGAGGAGGGAAAGAGAAGGAAGAAGAAAAAGAAGAGACCCACUGUCUUCCUGGGAUUGUUUUCCCCCCUUAUCUUUACGCGCGAGUGUGCGCGUGGCGCGUGUGCGCCCCUCGUCCCUGCCAUCUGAACCCCGUCUUGGAUGUUUAAUAAAGAAAUCAAGUGUCUCACCAGUCACCAAAAAAAACAGCAAAACGCAAAACCAAAAAAAGAAAAAAAAAAUCCAAAAGCAAAAACAAAAAGAGAAAGGGGGAAAAAAAAACCAAACAAACAAACAAGGCAGAACCAACCUCCUCUUGCAAGCAGCAGGCGCAAACCGCUUAUCUGCCACCCAGAAAGGGGGUCUCCGGCCCCGCGCUGGAGCGCUGGCAGGGGGAUCGUCAGGGGGACAGAGGCCGAGUGACGUCCUAGGAGCCACAGAAAGACGAGCGAGACUGCGGGCCCCCGCGCGCGGCUCGGGGCUGGGGCGCCAGAAGUGAGACUGGAGCUAAGUAGAGCGAUGCCAAGGAGGAAACAGCAGGCACCCAAGCGGGCUGCAGGCUAUGCCCAGGAGGAAGUUCUAAAGGAAGAGGAGGAAAUAAAGGAGGAAGAGGAGGAGGAGGAAGACAGUGGUUCGGUGGCUCAGCAUCAGGGCAGUAAUGACACGGGGACAGAUGAGGAACUAGACACAAUUCCGGAGCAGAAAGGCUACUUCAGCUGCCAGAACUCGCCAGGGAGUCACCUGUCCAACCAGGACGCCGAAAAUGAAUCUCUUCUGAGUGAUGCCAGCGACCAGGUGUCAGACAUCAAGAGCAUCUGUGGCCGAGAUGCCUCGGACAAGAAAGCAAACGCUCACCCCAAGCUUCCGAGCGAACCCCAUAACUGCAUGGAUAAAAUGACAGCCGUCUAUGCCAAUAUCCUGUCAGAUUCCUACUGGUCAGGCCUGGGCCUCGGCUUCAAAUUAUCCAACAGCGAGAGACGGAAUUGUGACACCCGCAAUGGCAGCGGCAAGAAUGAUUUUGAUUGGCACCAAGAUGCCCUGUCCAAAAGCCUCCAGCAGAACUUGCCUUCCCGGUCUGUCUCUAAGCCCAGCCUAUUCAGCUCCGUGCAGCUGUACCGGCAGAGCAGUAAGAUGUGCGGCUCGGUGUUCACCGGGGCCAGCAGGUUCCGCUGCAGGCAGUGCAGCGCAGCCUACGACACGCUGGUGGAGCUGACAGUGCACAUGAAUGAGACAGGCCACUAUCAAGAUGACAACCGCAAAAAAGAUAAGCUCAGACCCACGAGCUACUCAAAGCCCCGGAAAAGGGCCUUCCAGGACAUGGACAAAGAGGACGCGCAGAAGGUUCUGAAAUGCAUGUUUUGUGGCGACUCCUUUGAUUCCCUGCAAGACCUGAGCGUCCACAUGAUAAAGACAAAACAUUACCAAAAAGUGCCUUUGAAGGAACCGGUACCAACCAUUUCCUCUAAAAUGGUCACACCAGCUAAGAAGCGUGUUUUCGACAUCAACAGGCCUUGCUCCCCUGACUCUACCACAGGGACACAGGCAGAAUCAUUUUCUUCCCAGAAAAACCCCAACCUGCAGCUGCCCUCCAACAGCCGCUACGGCUACCAAAACGGAGCCAGCUACACCUGGCAGUUCGAGGCCUGCAAGUCGCAGAUCUUAAAGUGUAUGGAGUGUGGCAGUUCCCAUGACACCUUGCAGCAGCUCACCACCCACAUGAUGGUCACAGGUCACUUUCUCAAAGUCACCAGCUCUGCCUCCAAGAAAGGCAAGCAGCUGGUGUUGGACCCGCUGGCCGUGGAGAAAAUGCAGUCGCUGUCUGAGACCCCAAACAGCGAGUCUCUGGGUGCUAAGCCGUCAAGUAACUCUGUCUCUGACUGCGCGGCCUCUAGCACCGAGUUAAAGAAAGACAGCAAGAAGGAGAAGGCCGAGGAGAUCAAUGAAGAUGAGCAAGGGGCGAAAGGCGAGGAAUACGAGGACCCUCUACAGAAACCUCUCGACCCCACCUUAAAAUACCAGUAUCUGAGAGAGGAGGAUUUGGAAGACGGCUCAAAGGGUGGAGGGGACAUCCUAAAGUCACUGGAAAAUACUGUAACCACGGCCAUCAACAAGGCCCAAAAUGGUGCUCCCAGCUGGAGCGCAUACCCGAGUAUCCAUGCAGCCUACCAGCUGUCAGAGGGUGCCAAGCCACCCAUGGCAAUGGGCUCUCAGAUACUGCAAAUCAGACCCAACCUCGCCAACAAGCUAAGGCCCAUCGCGCCCAAGUGGAAAGUCAUGCCGCUUGGCCCUGUGCCCACAAACCUGGCCCUGUACACACAAGUUAAGAAGGAGACAGAAGACAAAGACGAAGUUGUAAAGGAGUGUGGGAAGGAGAGUCCCCGUGAAGAGGCAACAUCUCUCAGUCAGUCUGAGGGGGAGUCUUUCUCCAAAAUUGAAACACCCUCAGAAUCCAGAAAGGCUGAGCCCUGUCCCCUGAAAGAGGGAGAGAAGCUGCCGAAAGAGAAACCAGAGCCGUUAGAACCUGUAUCUUCUCUGAGCAACGGGUGCGCACCGGCUAACCACACCCCGGCCCUGCCUUGCAUCAACCCGCUCAGCGCGCUGCAGUCGGUCCUCAACAACCACCUGGGUAAAGCUACUGAGCCUUUGCGCUCUCCUUCCUGCUCCAGCCCCAACUCAAGCACAAUCUCUAUGUUCCACAAGUCUAGUCUCAGCGCAGUGGACAAACCUGUCCUAAGUCCCUCCUCCACCAGGCCGGCCAGCGUAUCCCGACACUACCUGUUUGAGAACAGUGACCAGCCCAUUGACCUGACCAAAUCCAAAAGCAAGAGGGCCGAGUCCUCGCAAGCACAAUCCUGCACGUCCCCACCUCAGAAGCAUGCUCUCUGUGACAUUGCUGAUAUGGUCAAGGUCCUCCCCAAAGCCACCACCCCCAAGCCAGCCACUCCCUCGAGGGUCCCGCCCAUGAAGCUGGAAAUGGAUGUCAGGCGCUUCGAGGAUGUUUCCGGCGAAGUCUCGACUUUGCACAAGAGGAAGGGCAGGCAGUCCAACUGGAACCCCCAGCACCUGCUCAUCCUGCAGGCGCAGUUCGCCUCGAGCCUCUUCCAGACAUCCGAGGGCAAAUAUCUGCUCUCCGACCUGGGCCCACAGGAGCGGAUGCAAAUCUCAAAGUUCACGGGACUCUCGAUGACCACAAUCAGCCACUGGCUGGCCAAUGUCAAGUACCAGCUUAGGAAAACAGGGGGGACAAAAUUCCUGAAAAACAUGGACAAAGGGCACCCCAUCUUUUACUGCAGUGACUGUGCCUCCCAGUUCAGAACCCCUUCUACUUACAUCAGCCACUUAGAGUCUCACCUGGGCUUCCAAAUGAAGGACAUGACGCGGAUGGCGGCCGACCAGCCGAGCAAGGCGGAGCAGGAGAUCUCCCGAGUGUCGUCGGCUCAGAGGUCUCCGGAAACAAUAGCCGGUGAAGAGGACACAGACUCUAAAUUCAAGUGUAAGUUGUGCAGUCGGACAUUUGUGAGCAAACACGCAGUAAAACUCCACCUAAGCAAAACGCACAGCAAGUCACCCGAGCACCAUUCCCAGUUUGUAACAGACGUGGAUGAAGAAUAGUUCCACAGGACAAAUGCCUUAGCCUGGAUCUUCUGCCUGGAUCUCCCUCACUCAGCCCUUCUCUGUUUGUUGCACCCCUUGCUUCUGACAUCGGACCACUGAUCUCCUCCUGACACCCGGCUCCAAGAAGACUGCAGAAAA